AUGGUGAACAUUACGGAAAAGAUCAAGGAGAUUGAGGAUGAGAUGAGAAAAACACAGAAAAACAAGGCCACUGAGUAUCACUUGGGUCUAUUAAAAGGAAAACUCGCACGACUCCGCGCGCAGCUUCUAGAACCCGGCCCUGGAGCCGGCGGCGGUGGUGGCUCAGGCUUCGACGUCAGCAAGAGUGGUGAUGCCAGAAUAUCUCUAGUAGGCUUUCCAUCAGUAGGAAAGUCAACAUUUCUGUCCAAAGUCACCAAGACCAAAUCAGAAGUGGCCUCGUACGCAUUCACAACCCUCACGGCCAUUCCCGGAGUGCUGGAAUAUGGCGGCGCCGAGAUUCAGCUGCUCGAUCUACCGGGUAUCAUUGAAGGUGCUUCCGAGGGCAAGGGACGAGGUCGGCAGGUCAUAUCAGCAGCCAAGACGAGCGACCUGAUUCUCAUGGUCUUGGACGCGACGAAGCGAGCUGAGCAAAGAGCACUGCUGGAGGCGGAACUUGAAUCUGUCGGCAUCAGACUGAACCGCGAGCCCCCAAAUAUCUACCUCAAGGUCAAGACGGCUGGCGGCAUGAAAAUCACCUUUGUUUCUCCACCUAAAAACAUAGACGAGAAGAUGAUCUAUAACAUCCUCCGCGACUACAAGAUUCUCAACUGCGAAGUGCUCAUCCGAGAUGAAAACGUCACUGUCGACGACCUCAUCGAUGUCAUCAUGAAAGACCAUCGCAAGUACAUCCGGUGCCUGUACGUCUACAACAAGAUUGACAGCGUCUCUCUUGAUUUUUUGGACAAGCUCGCCAGGGAAGACCACACUGUAGUCAUGAGCUGCGAGCUCGACCUGGGCAUUCAAGACGUGGUUGAUAGGUGCUGGAAAGAGCUCAAGCUCAUCCGCAUAUACACCAAGAGACAAGGAACCGACCCAGACUUCAGCGAGGCGCUGAUUGUACGGAGUAACAGCACCAUUGAGGACGUGUGCGACAGGAUACACCGCACUCUCAAGGACACAUUCAAGUAUGCCCUUGUUUGGGGCGCCAGCGCAAAGCACAUUCCUCAAAGGGUAGGAUUAGGGCAUCCAGUUGCGGAUGAAGAUGUUGUGUAUAUUAAUACCGCGUGGAAGGCGUAG